AAAAAAAAACAAAAGAGACACUUAUUUGUGUUCGAAUCCAUUUCUCUCAAUCUUAUUGUUGUAAUUUUGAUCUCGAGUAUGGGAAAGGUUCUCGAGAAAGAGGCGUUCGGAUUGGCCGCAAAUGACAAUUCGGGAAUUCUCUCACCUUUCCGUUUCUCUAGAAGGGAAACAGGAGAAAAGGAUGUAAGAUUCCAAGUGUUAUUCUGUGGAAUUUGUCACAGUGAUUUGCAUAUGGUCAAGAACGAGUGGGGAAUGUCAAAAUAUCCCCUUGUCCCUGGGCAUGAGAUCGUCGGCGUGGUGACUGAAUUCGGAGCCAAAGUGACUAAAUUCAAAACCGGAGACAAAGUCGGAGUUGGGUGCUUGGUCGGCUCGUGCGGGUCAUGUGACAGAUGCACCGAAGGCAUGGAAAACUACUGUCCGAAAUUGAUCCAAACGUACGGGUUUAAGUAUUAUGACGACACCAUAACAUGUGGUGGUUACUCCGACCACAUGGUUUGCGAUGAAGGUUUUGUCAUCCGUAUUCCCGACAAUCUCCCAAUGGACGCUGCCGCGCCGCUCCUCUGCGCUGGGAUCACGGUCUAUUCCCCUAUGAAGUAUCACGGGCUCGACAAACCUGGUAUGCACAUUGGUGUGGUUGGAUUAGGCGGUUUGGGUCAUGUAGGAGUUAAAUUUGCCAAGGCUAUGGGUUGCAAAGUUACGGUUAUCAGUACUUCUGAGGGUAAGAGAGACGAGGCGAUUAAUCGGCUUGGUGCGGAUACCUUCUUGGUGAGCCGUGACCCGAAGCAGAUUAAGGAUGCAAUGGGGACUAUGGAUGGUAUAAUUGAUACUGUAUCUGCGACUCAUCCACUUCUUCCAUUGCUUGGUUUGCUGAAGCAUAAGGGAAUACUUGUUAUGGUUGGUGCACCGGUGAAGCCACUCGAGCUACCGGUCUUGCCUCUCAUCUUUGAGAGGAAAAUGGUAGUGGGAAGCAUGAUAGGAGGGAUAAAAGAGACUCAGGAGAUGAUGGAUAUGGCCGCAGAACACAACAUCACCGCGGAUAUUGAGCUUAUCUCUGCGGAUUAUGUCAACACCGCCAUGGAACGGCUCGAGAAGGCCGACGUUAGAUACCGAUUUGUGAUUGAUGUUGCCAACACUUUGAAGCCUACCCCUAAUUUAUAAGUCUUGAGAAUCAAAUUUCCCAAAGCUUUUUCUUGCUUGUUUGGUUUGUCGUAAUAUAUUUAAGUUUCGUGUUGUUUCCUGAGGAGGUUCAAGGUUGUAUGACUGUAUGGUAUGCUUUAAUCCGAUUAAUGAACUUGAUUAUUAUAAUUUCUAUACUAUAUGAUACGAUUUUGAGGGCACACCUU